AUGGGUGAUAAUGCGCCGGCGAGCGCGACCAACACAGACCAACCUGGUCGUCCUUACUACGAAAGCCUGCGAAACACACUCAAGAACACAUUGAUCAAGAAGCGACAACUCGAUGAACAACUGCAGGCACUCGAAGACAACAUUUUCAAGAUGGAGAGCAGCUACCUCGAGGACACCAACGGUGCUGGCAAUAUCGUGCGCGGUUUUGAUGGAUGGGUCAAGGGUGUCGUCGUAGGAGGAGACAAGAAGNCUCAAGACUCUGACAUGCCCACUUCGGCCACCAACACUCCUUCCCAUGCGCCCACACCAGCCUCAUCGGUACCUCCUCAAUUAGCCUCGAGAGACAACAACCAUGCCACCCCUAGCAGCACGGUCUCAAAGAACAACAGCAAGAAGAAGAAGGCAGCCGACAAGGAGGAUGACGAAGACAACAAGCCUGCCAAGAGACUGAAGAUCACCUACGGCCGCGAGUAA